AGCGCACACACAAUCCUAGAGAAGCACACGCACGCACACGCACGGCAGUAGUCUCACGCAGGCAACAUGCAGGAGUCUGAGCCCACGGUGUGCCAGCUGCAGCCCAACAUCAUCUCAGUGCGUCUCUUCAAGAGGAAGGUCGGCGGUCUAGGUUUCCUGGUGAAGCAGAGGGUGUCCAAGCCGCCGGUCAUCGUGUCGGACCUGAUCCGGGGCGGCGCGGCGGAGGAGUGCGGCCUGGUGCAGGUGGGCGACAUCGUCCUGGCCGUCAACAACCGGCCCCUGGUGGACCUGUCCUACGAGCGGGCCCUGGAGACGCUGAAGAACGUGUCCCCCGAGAGCCACGCCGUGCUCAUCCUGCGCGGGCCCGAGGGCUUCACCACCCACCUGGAGACCACCCUGUGUGGAGAAGGCCGCCAGCGCACAGUGAGGGUGACCCGCCCGGCCUACCCGGCCUCAAAGUCCUACGAGCACUGCUCCCCUCUCAGUCCCUUCAGCCCCGGGCAGCAGCAGCAGGUCAACAAGGAGCCCCAGCUCAGGGCCAUAGAGAACCUGUCCUCUCCGUCCAUCACCCAGUCCUUCCUGCAGAGGGGAGGCCUACAGGCCCAGGACCCCCUGCUGAUGAGGGACGGGGGCCGCGGGGGCCUCCUGUGCAACGGGAUGGAGGAGAACAACGAGCUGCUGAAGGAGAUCGAACCCGUGCUGCGCCUCAUCAGGAACAGCAAAAAGGAGAUCAAUGGAGAGGGCCAGAGGAAUGCCGGGAGAAGGGACGCCGAGAUUCAAGUGGCCUGGGACCUUGGCGUGGGAAAUGGCACAUCUCCCCAGCUGGCGUCAGAUAACGACAGGAUGCUGGAAAACAUGCCGGUGGUGUUCAACAACACUGGCCCUGACAAGCCUCCGCAACAGGGCAGCGCCUCCCCGACUAAGACCCUGCAGAACGGAAGUCCCUCCAAAUGCCCCCGAUUCCUCAAGAUCAAGAACUGGGAGACUGGCACCGUGUACAGCGACGUCCUCCACCACAGCUCCAGCAAGUUGCCGAUCUGCAGUGAGAACGUGUGUAUCGGCUCUGUGAUGAUACCCAACACGCACGCCCGCAAACCAGACGAGGUCCGAUCCCCAGAGGAGCUUCUCCCACUGGCCACAGACUUCAUCGAUCAGUACUACACCUCCAUCAAAAGGAAUGGCUCCAAGGCCCACGUGGACAGGCUGGAGGAGGUCACCAAGGAGAUUGAUGCUUCGGGAACAUAUCAGCUAAAAGACACUGAGCUGAUCUAUGGAGCCAAGCACGCCUGGAGGAACGCAGCCAGAUGUGUCGGGAGGAUUCAAUGGUCCAAACUACAGGUUUUCGAUGCUCGAGACUGCACAACGGCUCACGGAAUGUACAACUACAUCUGCAACCACAUCAAGUACGCCACCAACAAAGGCAACCUGAGGUCGGCCAUCACCAUAUUUCCUCCGAGGACAGAUAGCAAACACGACUUUCGAGUGUGGAACAGUCAGCUGAUUCGUUACGCAGGCUAUAAACAGCCUGAUGGACUCAUCGUGGGAGACCCUGCUAACGUCGAAUUUACCGAGAUCGUCACGCAGCUCGGGUGGAAAGCUCCGAAAGGUCGUUUCGACGUCCUGCCCCUCCUGCUGCAAGCCAGUGGAAAUGACCCUGAGCUGUUUGAGAUCCCUGAAGACCUCGUCCUGGAGGUGCCGAUUACACACCCAAAGUACGAGUGGUUCAAAGACCUGGACCUGAAGUGGUACAGCCUCCCGGCGGUGUCCAACAUGCUGCUGGAGAUCGGCGGCCUGGAGUUCACCUGCUGCCCCUUCAGUGGGUGGUACAUGGGCACGGAGAUCGGUGUGAGGGAUUUCUGCGACAGCUCACGCUACAACAUUCUGGAGGAAGUUGCUAACAAGAUGGCCUUAGACACCAGGAAGACUUCCUCUCUGUGGAAGGACCAGGCGCUGGUGGAGAUCAACAUUGCUGUUCUCUACAGCUUCCAGACCUGCAAAGUGACCAUAGUGGACCACCACUCUGCGACUGAGUCCUUCAUGAAGCACAUGGAGAACGAGUACCGGGUGCGAGGCGGCUGUCCCGGCGACUGGGUGUGGAUCGUGCCUCCCAUGUCGGGAAGCAUCACACCGGUUUUCCACCAAGAAAUGCUCAACUACCGCCUCACCCCCUCCUUCGAGUACCAGGCUGAUCCAUGGAAUACCCACGUGUGGAAAGGUGUCAACGGGACUCCCACAAAGAAAAGAGCCAUUGGAUUCAAGAAGCUUGCCAAGGCUGUGAAGUUUUCGGCCAAGCUCAUGGGCCAGGCCAUGGCCAAGCGGGUGAAAGCCACCAUCCUGUUUGCGACGGAGACGGGCAAAUCGCAGGACUACGCCAAAACUCUCUGUGAAAUCUUCAAGCACGCGUUCGACGCAAAGGUCACGUCGAUGGAUGAGUACGACGUGGUCGACCUGGAGCACGAGACACUGGUGUUGGUGGUGACCAGCACGUUCGGCAAUGGUGACCCGCCAGAGAAUGGAGAGAAAUUUGGAGCUGCCUUAAUGGAGAUGCAUCACCCGACAUCCAACACAGCCGACAGGAAGAGCUACAAGGGCCGUUUCAACAGCGUCUCCUCGUACUCGGACACACGCAAGUCCUCCAGUGACGAGCCGGAGCCCAGAAUCAACUUUGAGAGCACCGGGCCUCUGGCUAAUGUCAGGUUCUCAGUGUUUGGCCUUGGCUCCAGGGCCUACCCACACUUCUGCGCCUUUGCCCACGCUGUGGACACGCUGUUUGAGGAGCUGGGGGGGGAGCGCAUCCUACGCAUGGGAGAAGGAGAUGAGCUGUGUGGUCAGGAGGAGUCGUUCAGAACCUGGGCCAAGAAGGUUUUUAAGGCUGCCUGUGACGUGUUCUGCGUGGGCGAUGACGUGAACAUCGAGAAGGCCAACGACUCCUUGAUCAGCAACGACCGCAGCUGGAAGAAGAGCAAGUUCCGCAUGACGUACACGGCCGAGGCCCCGGCGUUCACAGACGCUCUACACAGCAUUCACAAGAAGAAGGUUUAUGGAGCAAAGAUGCUGGAAUCCGAAAACCUACAAAGUUCCAAAUCCAAUCGCUCCACCAUAUUCGUGCGGCUCCACACAAACAACCACGACAGCCUGAGCUACCAUCCCGGCGACCAUCUGGGCAUCUUCCCUGGCAACCACGAGGACCUGGUUACCGCUCUCAUCGACAAACUGGAGGACGCGCCGCCCGUCAAUCAGAUCAUCAAGGUGGAGUUCCUGGAGGAGAGGAACACGGCUCUGGGUGUAAUCAGCAACUGGACCAACGAGACGCGUAUCCCUCCCUGCACCAUCUACCACGUCUUCCAGUACUUCCUGGACAUCACCACCCCCCCGAGUCCUGUGCUGCUGCAGCAGUUCGCUGCUCUGGCGACCAACGACAAGCAGAAGAAGAAGCUGGAGGUCCUCAGUAAGGGCUUGCAGGAGUAUGAGGAGUGGAAGUGGUACAACAAUCCGACCCUGGUGGAGGUGCUGGAGGAGUUCCCCUCCAUCCAGAUGCCCUCCACCCUGCUGCUCACCCAGCUGCCCCUGCUGCAGCCUCGCUACUACUCCAUCAGCUCCUCUCCAGAGCUGCACCCGGGGGAGAUCCACCUCACCGUGGCUGUGGUCUCCUAUCGGGCCAGAGAUGGAGAGGGGCCCGUCCACCAUGGAGUGUGUUCAUCAUGGCUCAACAGGAUAGAGAAGGGGGAGAUGGUGCCGUGUUUUGUCCGAGGUGCGCCAUCUUUCCGACUUCCCAAAGACAACCAAGCACCUUGUAUCCUGGUGGGUCCAGGAACAGGCAUCGCCCCGUUCAGAAGCUUCUGGCAACAGAGACUGUACGACCGUGAACACAAAGGGAUCGAAUCGUGCCCCAUGAUCCUGGUGUUCGGUUGUCGGCAGUCGGAGAUGGACCACAUCUACAAGGAGGAGACGGUCCAGGCCAAGAACAAGGAGGUGUUCAAGGAGCUCUACUCGGCCUAUUCCAGAGAACCCGGCAAACCAAAGAAAUACGUACAGGAUGUACUUCGGGAGCAGCUGUCGGAGACGCUGUACCACUGCCUGAAGGAGGAGGGAGGACACAUCUACGUGUGCGGGGACGUUACGAUGGCCGGGGAUGUUCUCAAGACCAUCCAGCAAGUCGUCAAGCAGCAGGGCAACAUGAGCCUGGAGGACGCCGGCUUCUUCAUCAGCAAGCUCCGGGAUGAGAAUCGCUACCACGAGGACAUCUUCGGUGUCACCCUGCGCACCUAUGAGGUCACCAACCGGCUCCGCUCCGAGUCCAUCGCCUACAUCGAGGAGAGCAAAAAAGACCCAGAUGAGGUUUUCUGCUUGUAAGUCUUUGAAUCGGGGGCUUUCCGACAACAACCAGUCCGGAGGAUGCAGCAACACUGGUUGAAGAAUACUGUGCCAAUUUUUGUACUGUAUAAAAAAAACGGGGGUUUCUUUCUUUCUGUCUUUUUUUAUAUACCACUUCAAUGUUUCUGUUGGGCUCUUUUUGCGAUUUCGUCUGUAGCAAGUUGGAAAAUGUUCCGUUCUCUGAGAAUCUGUUUUGCUUGUCGAUGAUUCUUCCAAAAAUUAUAAAUUGAUCAUUUUUUGAUUUCAUUUCAACGUGUGAACCUGUUGUAAUGACCUGCCUCAUUGUGAAUGCAUGACCAAGACAAGAAUAUACUCAACAAAUAUAAUAUACUCUGUGUUAUUGUUACAGUGAAAAGGAUUUUAUCGAGGUUUUAUAUUUGCAAGGUAAUGUGUGGCAUCGAUUACAGGAACAGGAAUUGUUGGUGUAUGAAGUUGAUUUAUCAAGAAUCAGGGUCGAUCAAAGAUAUUUGGGCUGUUGUGCUGUUUUAUUUAUUUAUUUUUUACAUCAAAGGCAGCAGUUUCAGAAAAAUGUAGAAUCGUGACAGAUGUAGAUUGACAGGUCCCUGCAGAUUAUGAAUAUCACAUCCGGAGAGCACUUUCCUCCGCCAAGGCUAAAAGUUGCAUAUCGCAGUGUUGAAAGAAAGUGAAAAGAAAGUCCUUGAUACAUCAGUUUUUUCCGGACCUGCUCCAAAAUGUAAUGUGUUCUUCUUUGAGUCGUGUUCCACCCAUCGGCAAAGUGUCCUGGAAAUUGGUUCUGUAGUUUUUGCUUAAUCUUAACUAACAAACAAAAACAUGCACUUUCGCCAAGUCUUAAAAGUCCCCUUAAAUUCAGUCAAGCUGCACCAAAUUUGAGAUGUAAGUUCCCAGAAUUAGCCUGAUAUUUUGCAUUGAGAUCAUCUGGCUCUACCCCAAAUUUAAAAAGGUUAUUCCCUGAGCCACACAACACCCAGACACCAAGUUUCCUGGUAAUCCAUACAGAGGUUUUUGUGUAAUGCUGGUCAAUAUCAAACAAACAAAAGAACAUUAAUGUGUAACCUCUUUGGCCGAGGUAACAAAUGUAUUCUCUCGCUCUUCUUCUCUCUCCAUUUAAAAUGCAUCAGCCUCCGCGGCAGCUCUCUUAUUGGUGGCCUGUCCUUUCUCUCAUAACAUCAUGAUCCCAUGUGUCCCCGUGGACAGCAGCAAGAAAUCAAAGCUACCAUGUAUCGCUAUGUGGUGUUACUCAACUCCAAAACACUUCUUUAGGACUCUCAGGUUUUAUUUUUAUUAAAGAUGCUUAUUCAACAUAUUAUACCAAUAUUAUGAAGUCUUCUCUUUCUCCUUCUUGCUGAGCGCUCGAUGAGGAAUUUGAUAGCCUGCCCCUCUCCUGUCCGUACGGUUGAUAUGAAGAUACAGCCAGCGGUGGGUUAGCAGGCGCUCCGACCAGAAGUUCCACAAAAACCAAAGUUCCAUGUUGUGGUUUUAAUGUGUCAGGCUUUUGACUGGAAGCAGGAAGUCGCAGCUCCUGGACAAUGAAUUUAAAAAUAACCCUGUCCUAAAAUGCAACUUAUAAUUGUUAAUGUGACAUAUAAAUGCUUUAGAUGUGCUGGUAUAGGAAUCUUUUGUUUUAACUGCUAAGCUAAGCUGAGUAGCUGCAGGCUGUAGCGUCUCAUCUACCGUACGAACAUGGUCGUGGUAUCGAUCCUCACCUUCCUCUCAGCAAAAAUAACAAAUGCCAAAUUUUUUUCUGGUGGGCAGCGAACCUCUUUUGUAACGGGAAAGUAAACGUUCUGCUCCUGCACACCGAGCUGCCCUGAUCACACGUGUCAGCUGUCAACUCUCACCCGCGCUCACUGGAUCUUUAAAACUUUCAUUUGUCGGCAUCAUGACUCUCCUGCCUCUUGCCUUACAUUCACUCUCUGCUUCUGCCUACAUGCACCACAUUCACUCUCUUUUUGUCUCAUGCCUCUCUCUCACUGUGACCUGACACCCGCUCAGUAGCAUCAGCAUGUGUGUGUGUUUGUCUGUAUGUGUGUGUGUGUGUGUGUGUCAUAUCAAUCUCUAUAAGUGUGUGUGUCUCUAUUCGAGUGGGUGGAAACGUGCAUGUGCUCAGGUGUGUGUUUUUACAUGGUUAUUCUGCUCUGUCGUCUGCUAGCUCGUCAAACUGGUCGGAUCUUUUGAAACCAGCAUGAGUGUGUUGCCGUGUUCGAGUCUGAAAAUGAAAUCUUACAGAUGGUGUUUUGGUGACAGGAAACUGCCCACAUGGCUUUUGGGUUUUUUGAUCUCAGCAGUUCAGACUUAUUGUGAAGAUUUGUUUUGUUUUUAUUCAAAGACAAGAGGCUCGGGUCAUUUGCUGCUUUCCAAUGAGUCACAGUUGUAAUUUGAAUAUAUUUGUGCGGCUGCCACAUGGUUUCUCGACCAACUCAACAGCGACCUGAGACUUUCCCUGUCAUAUUCUCUGACUUAUUUAUUUCCUCCCUUUGUCUCUGAUGCGGUUUAAAGAUAGCCGUCAUCGUGAUUCAUGGAUUUCAGUGUGAUUUUCAAAACGUCUCUAACAGCUGCUGAGAAAACGUCUGUUUUGUUUUAUUUGGUCUGAUUCAAUUGUUUUAACUGCCAAGAGAAAACGGGCGAUUCCCAUUGUCCCCACUGUCGUCCACUCUGGAUGAAUGUCUCCUCUGUUUUAUUUUUAACAGAUUUCCUUUAAUUGGAAUAAGAAAAUGUCUGUGAUGUAAAAUGUGCAACAAGAAAACAAUUGAUACAAGAAUAUAGCUCCUAUAUAUAGCUUCUAUAUAUAAAUAUAUAUAUAUAUAUUCAAAGACAAAGUAUAAAAUAUAAAGAGUACCACUUCGAUCUUUUCUAAGAAUGUAUUUUGAUUAUGUAAAUGAGCACUAUGAUUCUGCUUGAUUUAAAAAGAACAAAAAAAAAAACACAAGGCCUAUUCUAUAUGGUGUCUCUCAUAUCCUUUAGGUAUGGGGAUAAAACAGCAGCAUUAAAUACAUGCAUGGUGAUCUCCUGUCUCCUGUUCAUAUUUAAAAAGCUCUGUCUGUUAACCAGCACUGUGUCGGUCAGUGAGGCUGUAUAUCGUGAGGUCUGGCCUUUUCCCACAGGGCUUUGGAUGCUUAAAAAAAAAAAAAAGAAUCUCUGUGUUUGCAAAUCGCUGCUGCUACGAAACAACUCUGAUCCAAUCAGCCUCUGCUGUAAUGACCUUUGUGGUGUAACUGGUCGAGGGUAUUCCAUUCUAACGCAUCACCUGCAAGGACUUUUCAUUUACUUACGAAAUAAAGAGAAACAUUUACAGAAUAUGUCAACACA